CCGCUUGUGUUUCAAACACAACCGGCUCAUGGAUCAUUGACUCAGGUGUCUCAGACCAUAUUUCUGGACCGUUGUACGGGGAAAACGAUUGGCGUCGGACAUGAAUCUCAAGGUCUGUAUCAUCUCCAUCCUCUUGAUCCAAUCGCUUGUGUUUCAGUUGAACCUGCUAUUACCUUACAUAACCGUCUGGGUCAUCCUAGUCUCUCAAAGUUUCAACGUAUGGUUCCAGGUUUCUCAAAUCUUUCAUCUUUAGAUUGUGAGUCAUGUCACCUUGGAAAACAACCUCGUAAAUCCUUUCCGAGACGAGUCAAUAAACGGGCCACAUCGCCGUUUGAUUUAGUUCAUACAGAUGUAUGGGGUCCGUAUCGAGUCACUUCUACUUUAGGUUUCCGUUAUUUUGUUGUUUUUGUGGAUGAUUUUUCCCGUUACACAUGGUUGUUUUUAAUGAAAGAGCGUUUUGAAUUGUUUCAUAUUUUUCAAACUUUUUGUGCUGAAGUUCAAACUCAGUUUGGUCAUUCUAUCAAAAUUCUACGCAGCGACAAUGCUAAAGAAUUUAUUGGGGCAUCCUUUAAUCAAUUCAUGGCAUCACGGGGUAUGCUUCACCAAUCCUCUUGUGUUCACACCCCUCAACAAAAUGGGAUUGCUGAACGCAAGAACCGACACUUGGUUGAUACUGCUCAUACCCUAUUAUUACAUUCCCAUGCCCCACCUCAGUAUUGGGCAGAUGCUGUUCUCACUGCGUGUCAUUUAAUAAAUAGAAUGCCUUCCUCAGUUCUUAAUAAUGAAAUUCCCUAUUCUAUUUUGUUUCCUGCUCAUGAUUUAUUUCCAUUACCACCUCAUGUUUUUGGGUGUGUGUGUUUUGUCCAUGAUACGACACCUGGAUUAGCUAAAAUGUCGGCUAGGUCAAUAAAAUGUAUCUUUCUUGGAUAUUCGCGACUCCAAAAAGGUUAUCGUUGUUAUUCUCCAUUACUCAAGAAACAUUUUAUUUCAGCCGAUGUCUCUUUCAUUGAGUCGUCCUUUUAUUAUCCACUAUCUUCGGUCGAUACCCCAUCAUAUUUGGACUUCGCCUCAUAUCUCCGACCCAUCCAUCUGGAGACUCCCAUUAACCCACCAUCUGAUGAGCACCCAAAUUGCUCUCCUAUGGUAGAACGUCCAUUACAAGUAUACCAUCGACGUUUUCGACCCCCUCCCAUUGUGCCUACUGUGGCGACGCCAGUUGAAUCCCCUACGAUGGAUCCCGUAUCAUCACCAUCAGAUUCCCCAGCACCCGAAAAUACUCAGGAUGAUUUGACCAUUGCUCUUCGUAAAGGUACACGUUCUACUUUGAAUCCACAUCCCAUAUAUAACUUUUUGAGUUAUCACCGCCUCUCUACCCCUUACUAUGCUUUUAUUUCCCACCUGUCUCAUAUAUGCAUUCCUAAAACCACACAUGAGGCACUGGCACACCCGGAGUGGCGUAAAGCCAUGUUGGCUGAGAUGGAGGCUCUUCAUUCUAGUGGGACGUGGGACUUAGUCCCUCUUCCCACUGGCAAAUCAGUGGUGGGAUGUCGGUGGAUUUACACAGUUAAAGUAGGGCCUGAUGGAGAGAUUGACCGUUUUAAAGCACGCCUUGUGGCGAAAGGGUAUACUCAGAUAUAUGGUUUGGAUUACACUAACACUUUUUCUCCUGUAGCGAAGAUUGCAUCAGUUCGUUUGGUUUUAUCCAUGGCAGCAAUGAGCCGAUGGCCAUUGUUUCAAUUGGAUAUUAAAAAUGCAUUCCUUCAUGGAGAUCUGCACGAGGAAGUUUAUAUGGAGCAACCACCUGGAUUUGUUGCUCAGGGGGAGUCUGGUAUGGUGUGCAGAUUACGUCGUUCAUUAUAUGGCUUGAAGCAAUCUCCACGUGCAUGGUUUGGGAGGUUCAGUGCUGUUGUCUGCAGCUUUGGCAUGAUUCGCAGUGAUGUCGAUCAUUCUAUAUUCUACAGACAUUCCGCUGGCAACAAAUGCAUUUAUCUUGUUGUGUAUGUUGAUGACAUUGUUAUUACAGGUAGCGAUGAUCAAGGAAUUGCGCUCCUCAAGCAACAUCUCUUUAGCAAAUUUCAAACAAAAGACUUGGGAAAGUUGAUACUUCCUUGGCAUUGAGGUCGCACAGUCUCAAAAUGGAAUUGCUCUCUCACAAAGAAAGUAUGCCUUGGAUAUUCUUGAGGAAACAGGUUUGCUAGAUUGCAGACCAGUGGAUACACCAAUGGAUCCGAACGUUAAACUCUUAUCAGAACAGAGAGAUCUUUUGCCCAACAAGGAAAAAUAUAGAAGACUCAUCGGAAAAUUGAAUUAUCUUACCAUCACGAGACCAGAUAUUUCAUUUGCGGUAAGUGUUCUUAGUCAGUUUCUGGAUAAGCCAUGUACUGGACAUUGGGAUGCAGCUAUUCGAGUUUUGAGAUACAUCAAGAAAACUCCAGGUCAAGGAUUGUUGUUUGAAGAUCGAGGCCACCGUGAUAUUGUGGGAUACUGUGAUGCAGACUGGGCCGGAUGUCCGAUGGAUAGACGUUCCACUUCGGGAUAUUGCAUCUUGAUUGGUGGAAACUUAAUUUCAUGGAAAAGUAAGAAACAGGAUGUGGUUGCCAGAUCUAGUGUUGAAGAAGAAUAUCGUGCAAUGGCCCUUGCUACCUGUGAAAUCUUAUGGUUGAAGCAUCUCCUCCAAGAGUUAAAAUAUGGAAACACAAAACCGGCUCAACUCAUGUGUGAUAAUCAAGCUGCAAUGCACAUCGCAUCAAAUCCGGUAUAUCAUGAGAGGACAAAACAUAUUGAAGUUGAUUGUCAUUUUAUCCGAGAGAAGAUCACCAGUGGACAUAUCAUCACAAAAUAUGUGAACACAACUGAACAACUUGCAGAUAUUUUAACUAAGUCUCUUAGAGGUCCUAGAGUGGGAUAUAUUUGUAACAAGCUUGGUACAUAUGAUUUAUAUGCUCCAGCUUGAGGGGGAGUGUGGAAACCCUAGUAGUAUUGGGCUUAGCCCAUUUGUAUAUCUUGUAUAGGAAACCCUAGUACUCUAAAUAUAGCUAUAAAUAUAGCUUCUUGUAUAGCAUUUUAAUAUCAAGUAUAUGAAAUACAACAAUACUUGUUCACACUUUCAGAACCUCAGUUCACAGAACAUCAGCCUAUACCAACCCCAGAACCUUAGUCCAGAACCCAUCUCACCUUCACCCUACACUGGUGCACCUUCUUCCGGCGACCAGACAGUGGGAAUCCGCGCGUCCCAAUCACCGUGAGUGACCUACACGCGCCACCCUAAAGGCUCGCAGCUUGCGCACGCGCCGGCGCGUGACGACGACCCUCUGACCGGAGCUUCGAACGGAAACCCUCUCCAGACUCGUCGGGACUUCCUCUAGCAACACCAGGUACACUUCUUCAUAAUAUUGGAAGUCUGCUUCACGCUUUCAACACUAGGCGUGGAUACAGUAAGUUUUUUUUUCCCACCAUUCAUGACGUCCUGGUGCUAGGCGGAAGGGCUGUGUUCUAACUUGGACCAUAAACGAAAAAGGCUGUAAGUUCAUUUAAAGUUUUAUUUCUGAGAAAAAAAAAUUACGAAAAAAAAAAAAAUGCCUGGUUCUGACGCCGAUAGCUCUGCAGUAACACAAAGUCGGCCUUUGAUAGUUUCUGAAGUUAUUCCCAUUAAUUUUAAAAUUACUGAGAAUAAACUUUGUGGCUCCAAUUAUCUUGAAUGGAGUAAAACUAUCAAACGUUAUUUAAGGAGCAUUGAUAAAUAUACCCACUUAGUUGAUGAUCCGCCAAAGGAGGAAGUUGAUAAAGCUGCUAAUGAUGCCUGGCUUCGUGAUGAUUCAUGAUACGCUGCUGCCACGACGUAGUACACGUGACCGCAGGAUGAACCCCAAGUUCUAUGACACCAACACUUAUGUUAAUUGCUUACAAGCUUGGACUGCUGCAACUGAGAGCUAAUGCACGUGGAAGG